AUGAAGUUGACCGUUGAUGGUUUACUGGUAUAUUUCCCUUACGACUACAUAUAUCCAGAACAAUAUGCCUACAUGCUGGAACUUAAACGAGCCCUUGAUGCUAAGGGUCAUGGAUUGCUUGAAAUGCCUUCUGGUACUGGUAAAACUAUAUCAUUGUUAUCACUUAUUGUGGCUUACAUGAUACAAAACCCACAUCAUGUCAGAAAACUCAUCUAUUGUUCCCGUACUGUACCUGAAAUAGAAAAAGUGUUAGAGGAACUUAAGAAUCUUAUAAAAUAUUAUGAAAAGUCUCAAGGGGAGAAACCGAGUUUGACUGGUGUCGUGCUCAGCUCAAGGAAAAAUCUGUGCAUACAUCCAGAGGUAUCAAGAGAACGUGAAGGGAAGUUGGUUGAUGGUAAAUGUCACUCACUGACGGCCAGUUAUAUAAGGGACAGACACGAACAGGAUCCUUCAGUGCCCAUAUGUCAGUUCUAUGAAGGUUUUAAUCGUGAGGGGCGUGAGUCAAUGUUGCCGUAUGGAGUAUAUACAAUGGAUGACCUUAAACAGUAUGGAGCUGAUAGAAACUGGUGCCCUUACUUCCUAUCUAGAUUCGCUAUAAUCCAUGCUGAAAUCGUUGUAUACUCGUACCACUACUUAUUAGAUCCAAAAAUAGCUGAAGUUGUAUCAAAAGAACUCAACAAGGAGGCUGUAGUGGUGUUCGAUGAGGCCCAUAAUAUCGAUAAUGUUUGUAUCGACUCUCUAAGUGUGAAAAUCACAAGGCGGACUAUCGAUAAAAGCACGCAAGCACUACAGACACUAGAAAAAGCUGUGUCACAAUUAAAACAAGAGGACGAGGCUCGCCUGGCGCUGGAGUACGAACAAAUGGUGGAGGGAUUGAGGGAAGCUGCUCAGCUGAGGGAUAGUGACGUCAUACUGGGGAACCCUGUAUUACCUGACGAACUACUUAAUGAGGUGGUCCCCGGUAACAUCAGGAAUGCGGUUCACUUCCUGGGGUUCUUGAAGCGGUUCAUAGAAUACUUGAAGACGAGGCUCAGGAUACAACACGUUGUGCAGGAGUCGCCCGCCGGUUUCUUAAAGGAUGUUUCAUCUCGAGUGUGUAUCGAGCGUAAGCCUCUCCGUUUUGUAUCGUCUCGUCUCCAAACCCUCAUGAAGACCCUACAAAUACCAGAUCCGUCUAACUUCGGCUCCUUAACACUAGUAGCUCACCUGGCGACGCUCGUGUCCACAUAUACUAAAGGAUUCGUCAUCAUUAUAGAACCAUUCGAUGAUAAAACACCAACUGUCUCUAAUCCGAUAUUACACUUCUCAUGUAUGGACUCAUCGAUAGCCAUGCGACCAGUGUUCGGUAGAUUUCAAACUGUUAUUAUCACUUCGGGUACUUUAUCUCCCCUGGACAUGUAUCCCAAGAUCCUGGACUUCAACCCGGUAGUAAUGAGCUCCUUCACUAUGACGCUCGCCCGACCUUGCAUAUUACCCAUGAUAGUGUCAAAAGGCAGCGACCAAGUGGCGAUAUCUUCAAAGUACGAAACACGUGAAGACGUAGCGGUUAUACGGAACUACGGACAACUAUUAGUAGAGAUAUCAGCGUGUGUCCCAGACGGAGUGGUGUGUUUCUUUACUUCCUAUCUCUACUUGGAGAGUGUGGUUGGAGCUUGGUAUGAUCAAGGUGUCGUCGCCAAUCUACAGAAACACAAGCUGCUGUUCAUUGAAACACAGGACUCGGCGGAGACGAGCUUCGCCUUAAUAAACUAUAUAAAGGCGUGUGAGAGUGGUCGCGGCGCGGUACUUCUCUCAGUAGCUCGAGGCAAGGUGUCUGAGGGAGUUGACUUCGACCACCACUUGGGCCGAGCAGUGCUCAUGUUCGGGAUACCUUACGUGUUUACACAGAGCAGGAUACUGAAGGCACGCCUGGAGUAUCUGAGAGAUCAGUUUCAGAUCCGUGAGAACGAUUUCCUAACAUUCGACGCGAUGCGUCACGCAGCUCAGUGUGUUGGCAGAGCGUUGAGAGGCAAGACGGACUACGGUAUAAUGAUAUUCGCUGACAAGCGCUUCAGUCGCUCUGACAAGAGGAGUAAGCUGCCGCGGUGGAUACAGGAACAUCUGAGAGACUCGCUCUGUAACCUGAGUACUGAGGAAGCCGUACAGAUCAGUAAGCGCUGGCUCCGCCAGAUGUCGCAGCCGUUCAGUCGCGAGGACCAGCUGGGAGUGUCGCUGUUGACGCUCCAGCAGCUACAGAGCAAGGAGCAGCAGGACAAGAUUGAGAAGCAGGUGUUACAGAAGUAG